CUGACUCUAAUACGAACGACGCCACUAGGGGCGGGCCGUAGAGGGGCGCAAGCGCACUGCGUUGUGGGAGUCUCGGGACCCUUUUCCGAGAGACUAUGGCGCUCAACAAGAAUCACUCGGAGGGCGGCGGAGUGAUCGUCAACAACACCGAGAGCAUCCUGAUGUCUUACGACCAUGUGGAACUUACAUUCAACGACAUGAAGAACGUGCCCGAGGCCUUCAAAGGGACCAAGAAAGGCACCGUCUACCUUACCCCUUACCGGGUCAUCUUUCUGUCCAAAGGCAAGGAUGCCAUGCAGUCCUUCAUGAUGCCAUUUUAUCUGAUGAAGGACUGUGAGAUCAAGCAGCCCGUGUUUGGUGCAAAUUACAUCAAGGGAACAGUGAAGGCUGAAGCAGGAGGUGGCUGGGAAGGCUCCGCGUCCUACAAGUUGACCUUUAUGGCAGGGGGCGCCAUCGAGUUUGGACAACGGAUGCUGCAGGUGGCAUCUCAAGCCUCCCGAGGCGAAGCCCCCAAUGGAGCCUAUGGGUAUUCUCACAUGCCCAGUGGGGCCUAUGUCUUUCCCCCGCCAGUCGCCAAUGGAAUGUACCCCUGCCCUCCUGGCUACCCCUAUCCACCACCCCCACCUGAGUUCUAUCCAGGACCUCCCAUGAUGGACGGGGCCAUAUAUGUGCAGCCUCCACCGCCGCCCUACCCUGGGCCCGUGGAACCUCCAGUCGGUGGCCCUGCUGUCCCCUCCACUCCUGCAGCUGAAGCCAAGGCUGCAGAAGCGGCAGCCAGCGCCUAUUACAACCCGGGCAACCCACACAACGUCUACAUGCCCACGAACCAGCCUCCGCCACCUCCCUACUACCCACCAGAAGAUAAGAAGACCCAGUAGACCCCUCGCACCCCUGCCUCCCACCCCUCGUCACUCUUCCCUUCCCUUCCCCUUGGGGCUGAGACUGGGGCUAGGGCGGUUAUGGAAGGGCCUUGUUCUUCCAGGUCUGAUUAUAAAACACUUCCCAGGGACUGGUGUUGAGGGAAGGGGGGGCCCCUCCACUCGGGAGUCCUGCCUCCCCGCUUCUCAAGCUAGCUCGGAGCCCACGGCGCUGCUCGGAUGCCCUUUCCUCUACCAUCUCUGGGCUCUGCUCAGGAGCGCAGGCACCCGUCUCGUUCCUGGCUUUCUCUAGUAGCUUCUGCCCCCAGAGGGAGUCUCUGGCCGCCGCCUCUACCACAGUCCAGCUCCCUCGUUUUGGAAUCUCCUUGAUACUCAGCCUUGUGAACUCCCUCAGACCAGCCUCGCGUCUUCCUGAGGGCCCCCGCCGGGCCCCCCUCACAUUCCCUCCACUCUGGUCUGUGCCUCACUGUGGAAGGCCACCUUCUCACUGGACUGUCAGCCCACAUUCCAAUCCCAGCCAGCCUCCAGCCCGGUCACUCUCACCUGCCCCUCCCUGUCUUGUCCUCUGUCAGGCAGGCAGCAUUGGGCCAGGCUGCUGCUUCCCUCCUUGUAUUUUUGGCUUUUGUUUCCCUCUCUGCCUUCUCUCUUUUCCCUCUAGAAGGGGCUUCUCAGACUGCAACUGGAGAAUGCAUGUUCAUUCCAUCAUGCCAUUUGGGGGCUGCUCAGUGGGCUGGAACAGAGGCCCCUGACCCGUGGGGCCUGGCCUGAGCCAGUGUGCUGACCGUGACCCCUCACCAGCCCCUCACCCUACCCUCUUCCCUUUAAGCUUCAUGCCUAAUUGGUGAUAGGCCCCCUAGAUGCACUAAGAUUUGCUCUUCUUUGCUUCUGGACUGGCUGUGAAGUGAGGAGAUGGAUAUUUAAAGAGAACUCCCUAUUUAUUUGACAAAAAAAAAAAAAAAACAAAAACCAGUUAAUAUAUUAAUGUGAAAUAAACCCUCUUUGCACCUUGA